ACGGCCCCAUCUGACGAGCGGCCAUUCAUCAGGCCGGCUGGCCUAUCAAUGACAUUGCUCCCAUCGGGGCUCCUAUAAAAUGAUGCUUUUUCCCAUGAAACAUCCGCAAACAUUUUGACGGGUUUGGCUUUGCCCGGCUGGAUUACCGAGGGUCCCCUCGCUCGGUCGCUCGCUCUGUCUCCCCCUUCUCCGCGCGCUCUCCCCUCUCGCUCUCUCUUCUUUCUCUCUUCUUUUCUCUUUCUUUCUUUCCUUUCCUCCUUUAUUCUCUCGCCCUUGCACCCUCCGCGGCCCUCUCGCUUUCUCCCCUCCUCACUCCCCUUCUCGCUGGGCAUCUCUGGCACGGGGGAUUCCCAAACAUCAGGAUUUUGGGGGGCGCCUGUGCUGUCCAUGGGAAGAGCAUGCACUGUGGGUUACUGGAGGAACCCGACAUGGAUUCCACAGAGAGCUGGAUUGAAAGAUGUCUCAACGAAAGUGAAAACAAACGUUAUUCCAGCCACACAUCUCUGGGGAAUGUUUCUAAUGAUGAAAAUGAGGAAAAAGAAAAUAAUAGAGCAUCCAAGCCCCACUCCACUCCUGCUACUCUGCAAUGGCUGGAGGAGAACUAUGAGAUUGCAGAAGGGGUCUGCAUUCCUCGCAGUGCCCUCUACAUGCACUACCUGGAUUUCUGCGAGAAGAAUGACACGCAGCCUGUCAACGCUGCCAGCUUUGGGAAGAUCAUAAGGCAGCAGUUCCCUCAAUUAACCACCAGAAGACUCGGGACCAGAGGACAGUCAAAGUACCAUUACUACGGCAUCGCAGUGAAGGAAAGCUCUCAGUACUAUGACGUGAUGUAUUCCAAGAAAGGAGCUGCCUGGGUGAGCGAGACGGGCAAGAAAGAAGUGAGCAAGCAGACGGUGGCGUAUUCCCCUCGGUCCAAGCUCGGGACGUUGCUGCCAGAGUUUCCAAAUGUCAAAGAUCUCAAUCUGCCAGCCAGUCUGCCUGAAGAGAAGGUUUCUACCUUUAUUAUGAUGUACAGAACACACUGUCAGAGAAUACUGGACACUGUAAUAAGAGCCAACUUUGAUGAGGUUCAAAGUUUCCUCCUGCACUUUUGGCAAGGAAUGCCCCCCCACAUGCUGCCCGUGCUGGGCUCCUCCACGGUGGUGAACAUCGUCGGCGUGUGCGACUCCAUCCUCUACAAAGCUAUCUCCGGCGUGCUGAUGCCCACCGUGCUGCAGGCGCUACCUGACAGCUUAACUCAGGUGAUCCGAAAGUUUGCCAAGCAGCUGGAUGAAUGGCUAAAAGUGGCUCUCCAUGACCUUCCAGAAAAUUUGCGAAACAUCAAGUUUGAGUUGUCAAGAAGGUUUUCUCAAAUUCUGAGACGGCAAACAUCACUCAAUCAUCUUUGCCAGGCAUCUCGGACAGUGAUCCACAGUGCAGACAUCACAUUCCAAAUGCUGGAAGACUGGAGGAACGUGGACCUCAACAGCAUCACCAAGCAGACCCUCUACACCAUGGAAGACUCUCAUGAUGAGCACCGGAAACUCAUCAUCCAGUUGUAUCAGGAGUUUGACCACCUCCUGGAGGAGCAGUCUCCCAUCGAGUCCUACAUCGAGUGGCUGGACACCAUGGUGGACCGAUGUGUUGUGAAGGUGGCUACCAAGAGACAAGGGUCCCUGAAGAAAGUGGCCCAGCAGUUCCUUCUGAUGUGGUCCUGCUUUGGCACAAGGGUGAUCCGGGACAUGACGCUGCAUAGUGCCCCCAGCUUUGGAUCCUUUCACCUAAUUCACUUGAUGUUUGAUGACUACGUGCUCUACCUGCUAGAAUCCCUGCACUGUCAGGAGCGGGCCAACGAGCUCAUGCGAGCCAUGAAGGGAGAAGGAAGCACUGCAGAAGUCCAAGAAGAGAUUAUCUUGACAGAGGCUGCCCCGCCAACCCCUUCACCAGUGCCAUCAUUUUCUCCAGCAAAAUCUGCCACCUCUGUGGAAGUGCCACCUCCCUCCUCCCCUGUCAGCAACCCGUCCCCAGAGUACACUGGCCUCAGCACUACAGGACCGAUGCAGUCAUACACGUGGUCUCUAACGUACACGGUGACAACAGCGGCCGGGUCCCCAGCUGAAAACUCCCAGCAGCUGCCCUGUAUGAGGAAUUCUCACGUGCCUUCGUCCUCUGUCACACACAGGAUACCAGUUUACCACCACAGAGAGGAGCACGGAUACCCAGGAAGCUACGACUACGGGAGCUAUGGCACCCAGCACCCUCCGGCCAUGCAGAGCCAGUACCCGGGCCUCCCCCACGACACGGCCGUCUCUGGGCCGCUCCACUACGCCCCUUACCACAGGGGCUCUGCACAGUAUCCUUUCAAUAACCCCACAACCCGGAUGGAACCCUGUCUGAUGAGCAGUACUCCAAGACUGCAUCCUACCCCAGUCACCCCCCGAUGGCCAGAGAUGCCCACAGCCAACGCGUGCUACACAAGCCCAUCUGUGCAUUCCACGAGAUACGGAAACGCCAGUGACAUGUACACACCCCUGACGACACGCAGGAAUUCCGAUUACGAGCACAUGCAACACUUUCCUGGCUUUGCUUACAUCAAUGGAGAGGCCUCCACAGGAUGGGCUAAAUGACUGUUAUUGUAGGAAUCCAUAUUUAAUAUUAAUAAUAAUUAUUAAUAAUAAUAAUAACCCCCAAACCACCCCCCAGAAGACUUUAUCUCUAUACAUCAUAGCUCAUGGACUAUUCCUAGGCGUCCGCUUUCCUAAUGAAUGUGAGGCUGGGAUUCAGCGUCGGGAGAAUAAACUUCUGUU